CAGAUUUAAAGUCACUUUCUUGUGUCCUGUACUUUACAAUGCUCCCUAUCUCCUGCUUUGUGCAGUUGGAAACACCGAGUGUUGUAUUCGGUGUGCCUCUGAGUCACCUGAGGCGACAUGGCCAAAUGAGACAAGGCCUUCCUUUGGCCCUGACACACAUGGUGCAGUUCCUGGACCAGCAUGGCCUCAGCAUCAGUGGCCUCUUCAGAAUCAGCGGGAAGGUGAAACAGUACCAGGAACUGAAGAAAAGUUUCAACGACGGAGCCUUCCCUGAGUUUGACAUGGAGGAUAUUCAUCCUUUAGCCUCCUUGUUGAAACUUUUCCUGAGGGAACUGCCUGGUGGUCUCAUUCCAGAGUCACACGGGAAGCAGCUGUUGAAUGUGUUCAGGGAUUCAAAAGAGGAAGAACGCAAUCAGUCCAUGAGAAUGAUCCUGAACACACUUCCAGAGGAACAUUUCAACGUCCUCUCUUACCUGUUGUUCUUCCUCUCCCGCGUGGCCGCUGAGAGUCAGCAAAACCUAAUGACACCAGCGAAUUUAUCAAUAGUUUUUGGACCCACCAUCUUUCAUGUUCCUCUCAGCCCUACAAUGCUUGAAGAACAGGAACACUAUAACACUUUGACUCUGCACCUGCUGGACAAUAUAACACAUCUGCUGCCCAAUAUGUACCCUCAGACAUCCAGCAGCAACCCAGCAGAUGAAGAAGUCUUGACAAAUGAAGAGUGUGUCCAACAUCUGGCACCCACAGAACUCAAAUCAAAGUCACCUAUCACUGGGCGACUUGCUCAGCUAAAGAAAAGACUGAGAGGCUUUUGGAGAACGAUUUGCUCCUGCACAAACAGCAGUGACACAGACUGAAGAGACCACUGCAGGAAUGAAGGCCUAGAUAUUGGACAUUCGAAGAUACUGGGCCAAUAAGGGGCAUCUGAAAAGUCUAGCAAUGGUGAGGGUCACCUGCGGUCAUUGGGCAUGGUGAGGGUCACCAGCGGACAUUGGGAAAGGUGAGGGUCACCUGCAGAGGCCAGGCAUGGUGACGAGAGACAGUGACACUGUGCUCUGGCAGACUCUACAAUGUACAUUUGUGAGAAGCAGUGAUGCAUUUAACUGUGAAAGUGAAAUAAAACUAUUUCUAAAAGCUGAAGUGUUGACUGUGGUUCUUUUCUCCAUGUCUGGUUCUCAGCUGAACAAACUCAAUCUCUCAGCAUUUUUCAAGACUGUAAUGAGAACUAACCAGUGAUGAAACAGAUGUUUUUAAAUCUUUUUAAAUGUGUUUAGAUGCCUGUGAAUGUCAAAUAAAAUUGACCUGUGCUGCAUAUAGUGUAAUUGAGUCAAGGUAAAUAUUAUUAUGUAAUGGUAAUGCUACCGUUAUGCAAUUUCAGGCGUUUAAUUUUCAAUCAUCUUCAACUGCAAAUAAUUUAUCAGACAUAAGACGGCGGAUAUAAAGUUUCCAGCAACAGGCCUCCUUCUCUUUCAAUCAGCACCAUCAUGUGUACCCCCGUGACAAACACGAAGAUACACCUAAAUGGCCUAAAGAUUGGUGGAAGAGAGUUGUUUUAUUGACAUUUUAUAACGCUGAAUGGUAAUAAAUUUCUGCAGACAGUGUGUUUAAAACUGUUCAAUGAUGGAAGGUGUGAUGAGGAGCCCCCAAGAGUUCAAGUCUGUCUGUGCGUGCAUUUGUGCCCUUGGAGAUGCAGGUGGCAGAGGUUUUGGUAACCAUUGAAAAGCAAGUCUGUAUCCUGCAAAAGGCGGUGAAAUGUGAUUCUGCAUGUCAAUAAUUUGACUAAAAUAGCAAUGCUCCAUCUUUUUACAUUCGAUUUGUAUUUAUUUCAAUUAGGACUUGUAAAGAAAAUCUAAAAAUCUCUGUUUUGGUAUGUUCCUAAUCACAGUAGGCUAUAGUCUUAAUCGUAUAAAAAUCGAAGUAGGUCUAUUUUCAUGCAUUUUUUUUUUUUUUUUUUUGCAUUUUUUUAUUUAAAGGCACCUUUUAUGACACUCAAGGUCAUCGUACAGGACAGCUAGAACAAUUCAUUCAAAUAAAAACACAAAAGUCAGAAUACAAUACAAACUUUAAAAAUACAGUGUGUUAAAGUGAAUAAGCAUGUUAAAGUAUAAGCAUGUAUAAGUAUGUUAAGAAAUAAACCAAAAUAAUUUAUUUUUCUCACAUUUAUAAUAUAGUUUAUAAUUCCAUAAUCUAAUUACAAAAGUGUCUCAACUCCAUAUACAGUAGGUCUGUUACAGAAAGCUGUUUGUAUUCUGCAGGCCGGUGUCCAAGUAAAGCUACGCAAUCGGGCCAACAUCCACCCAAUCACCUUUUUUAUACAUUAAAGUUUAUUAUGUUUUUUCUUUUGCAAAGAGAUACAAUUUACAAUAGCUGUUAGAAAUAUUUCACAGCAAUUACUCCAGAUUAAAUUCCCUAAUUCCCAGGGAAAGAAAACUAAUAACAGUUACACAGU